GAAGUAGUGGGGCGGGGCAAAAGAGGCGCGGUCUUCAACGGCUGAUGGCCUGUUUGGUGCCGGCUUCAGGUGGAUAACUGCGGCAUCUUCUUUGCGGACCCUGGCUUUGGAUCCCGGCGGAGAAGACUACAAAGUUCUUAUUGAGGCAGGGCUGUGCGUAGGAACCAAUAGUUCAAAAGUAAUUAAGGAAGUAUUAAGGAAGGAAGAGUGCCAGGACGAGUUAUGGCGGGUCUCGGGGAGCCGUGGCGCCUUCCUGGGAGGCCGACCCUUCAGCACAGGGUCGCCACAACCGUCGGGGUCAUCAGGGCCGGAGCCUAAGGGUCACGGAGACCCCAGCGCCCCUCGAAACCCGGGUAGCCUGUUCCCUGGAAGUCUUUAGCAAUCACAUUUGCUAUUGGAGGGGCUUUACUGGCUGGGAUGAAGUACUUCAAGAUGGAAAAGAUAGAAAAGCUGGAGAAGGAACGGCAUCGAAGCAUUGGGAAGCCUCUACUUGGCGGACCGUUUUCCCUAAUAACCCAUGUUGGAGAGCCCAAAACUAACAAGGACUACGUGGGCCAGUGGGUGUUGAUUUAUUUUGGUUUCACCCAUUGCCCUGAUAUCUGUCCAGAAGAACUGGAAAAAAUGAUUCAAGUUGUGGACGAAAUCGAUAGUAUUCCAAGUCUCCCAAAUUUAACUCCACUUUUCAUCACUAUCGAUCCGGAAAGGGACACAAAAGAAGCCAUUGCAAAUUAUGUGAAAGAAUUUUCUCCCAAACUAGUUGGCUUGACCGGCACAAAAGAAGAGAUCGACCAAGUGGCCAGAGCUUACCGAGUGUAUUACAGCCCCGGCCCCAAGGAUGAGGAUGAAGACUACAUAGUGGAUCAUACAAUAAUAAUGUACUUGAUUGGACCAGACGGUGAGUUCUUAGAUUAUUUUGGCCAGAACAAGAGGAAUGCAGAAAUAGCUGGUUCAAUUGCUGCACACAUGCGGGCCCACAAGCAGGCACAGAAGAAGAGUUAGCCAGAGCCGCGUUGCCAGGUACUGUGUUUUGCCAAAGAGGAAGGAAGCUUGGUCUUCAUAGGAGCUGGUCUAUAUUAUGCAACCUAAAGAAUGGCCUUCGUACCAUAAGAAUGUAUGAUUUUUAGAUGAGAUUAGCUUAGGGUUCAGUCAGGAUUUUUGGAACUCGGAAGAUGACAGCCCGUCUCCCAGUAGCCCCUGGGAAUCCAGAGGACCAAGUUAAAGUGAGGCCAGUGGAGAGCACGCCUCGCCUCACCACAGGAGGGAUGGUGGCGGACGUCUCCUUGGGAACAGGCCUCUCUGAGCAGCCUGGCCACCUCGUCGGUGUCUCAGACCCUUGCUGCCACACAGUAUAAAGCUGAAUUCCACAGAAAAGAACGUACUCUCUGCAGUGCUUUGCCUUCCUCACCUCGAGUUCUUGGUGGCUGGUAACCAUCAAGUCAGAUGCUGCUAUUCAAAGUUCAUCUUUAUACUUAAAGCUAAGUCUUUGACAGCUAGCCUCCCUGUCCUGUUGUACUCCAUUCCCCCAUCAGCAGAUGCUGAUUUGACCAGAGUAUAGAAAAAAUCCCUUGUUUCGAGAAAACAUUUCUUUGAUUCUUCUAUGGAUCUUUUUGUGAUUUUUUUUUUUUUUUAACUGAAUGAUCUGCCAGGUUUUCAGUGAUGUGCCAAAUGGAAAUAAGAAAAUUGAUCAUGAAAAUGUGAAAUAAUAUUUUUCUGCAUUUAUUAGAUUAUACUUCAUGUAAAGUAAAGGUGUUUUGAGAUUUGCAACUUGGACAGGCGUGACUUCUCUCCUGGGUAGAGUGGGUAUGUAGAUGGCAGCCUAUGGCAUACAACACAGAGCCCCACAGACUCACGUGGGUAGGCAGAUGGGUACUCAUUAAAUACAGACUCCCAGGCCCAGGGCUGCCCAGUCUUGGGUAAUGCGGAGACCUGCAUUCCAGACUGCCUGUAAACUCACAGGGAUGCUUCUGAAGAAGUAACGUGAGCCUCCCUUUGGUGUGUCAAAAAUAUGAUUGAUGCACAAUAGAACGAAUCUUGGCUUUGCUUUCUGAGUUUUACUUUCCUAUACCUGACUCGUUUACCUGGGCGUGAUCAUCACCUUUUUUCCACUUGGAGAAGAUCUCUUUAAAGUUGUCAGUAAAUUCUGAAAUGCAACCAACUAUAAGACCCAUUUGGAAAAAGGAUUAUUUUUGCACAUCAGUUACAUUUUUACAUGCACAUGAUACAGUCCUCUUUGGGUUUUUUAAUUCUCAAUACUUAACAUGGUGGUACCUUUUUUCACGAACUUACUGAGGUCCACAAUUCUGUAGAAAAUGGCCAUAUUCAUUUUCAUACAAAAAAGAUUACCAUGUUUGUGUUUGGUACCUGAUGGCAGAAUUCACAAACAAAAAAACUUUUUUGCCAGAUGCUUCUGUUUUUGAGCCAGAGUAUGCAUAGACUUGUUCAUGAACCAAGGUGCCACAGUACAAAUAUCAAAGGGAAAGAAGAAAACAAAAAACAACUAGAAGUAUUUAGCUGAAUUGUGCCUCCCAUAAUUCUUAGAUCAGAGUCCUAACUCCAAUACAUGGCCAGAUUUGAAUAUAAAGUAUUUAAAGUAUAAAUUAAAAUGGACCCAUUAUGAAAGGCCCUCCAAAGGCCAAUAUUACUGACAUCAAGAGUUAAAAAAAACACGAUGACAGGACCACAUGAAAAUACAAAAGAGGUCCACAGGUCAUGAGAAGUCUCCAGAAAAACCACCAUAGCUGGCACCUUGAUCUUGGCCUUCCAACCUCCAGAAACUUGAGGAGAUAAAACAUCCUGUGAACUAUGGUCCGUGGUGUAUUGUUAAGGCAGCCCUAGCAAACCAGUACAAUAGCUUAUUCCUUAAACAACUCUUAAUAUUUAGUUCACCCCCUAGGUAGCUGGUUUGGAAUAACUCAGGAACCUUAUCAAGAGAGUAAAGAACUUAAUACAAGACUAGUCUCAUCCGACAAGAAAGAUACUAAGUUCUAAAAUGUCAACCCUUUGAAAAGAUGGUCUGUUUUAAGCCACACAGCACUUGUGUGGAUCGCUUUGCAGCAAGCUUGCUAUCAAAUAAAAUGUAGUCUUCAUUCUCAGCUGUUGCAGGUUGGAGCUGGUGUAAUGAUCCAGAAAGGGAACAGCAGCUUUUUAAGAAAUGUCUCAUUUGCUCUUAAUUCCAGUAUCAGGCUUAAAGGCUUAGAGUCGGGCUGCUGGAGGCAGGCUGGCACAGGGCCUCAUAAUGAUCCUUUCCACGAACAGACAUGCCAUUAUUAUUAGGAGUAAGAUUGAGUCUUGAUUUCUGUUCUGGUCUCUGCUCAUUUCCCUGCUAUGGGAUGCUGUGGUGACCUUGUGAACCCAUCCAAAUCUAGGGGUUCCACGGGACAGGGCAACCUUUUAACUCUGUGUGCUGGGAAAUCAAAAUCAGGCUCCCAUUCAGUCAAGUCAUACAUACCUGAAUAGGUUAGAGUUUUUACUUUAAUGGGAUUAAUAUUUUUAAGAAUUGCUAUUUGUUUGAAAACUCUAAGAAUCCCGUCAGUGCAAGAGGCAUGAAAAUAACGCAAGUGGCUGUUGAUGAGGCAGCUGAUACUGUGAGUCCAAGAACUGAGAUUUACAGGGAACCAGUAAAGCACCCAGCCGAUAGGCUGCAAACAGGAACUCAGUGAGGUGAUUUGGAAGUGUAAAUGCAUCUGCGUAGGUUUGUAAAUCUCCUGUUAUGUUUUAAAUCUAAACUUAAAGGUUAUUACUUGAACCAUAAUCUCCCAAAUAACUGUGUUAAGUACUGCAAAUUUAAAUGUGUGUGUGCGAAAGUGAGUCCCCUUUAAAACAAAGAACAGUCAACCAUGAAGCCUUUUCAUCCAUGUAGUUUAUACUUUUAUAUAGUUAUAUUUUUAUUUUUGAAUUACUUUGUGAUAAGGGUGAUUAUUCCUAUCAGUGAGUUAUAAUAACCUCUUUAGUCAAGUCUUCCUAUGCACAGUGAGAUCUGUGCAUCUCACUAUAUCUGGUCUGAACCUCCAAGAGUGGGAAGAAGAGUCCUGUGAACAGCAGGCUUGAGCACAGGUCUGAUGGAAGGGGGCACUGACACAGGCAGCAGCCUGUUUGAGUUUAGACAGCGAUGCAAGCUGAUGCCAAGAGCAGGAUGCCCAUGAAGAGAGGGACUGCAAGCAAAUGCACAGAAGACAGGACUCCGCAAGCUGUAAGCAAACCAGCAGAGUGAGAGGCAGUGAGGUAGGGCUGGGUGUGCUGUGGGCAGUCAGGGCAGGCACAGCUGAGGCUGUGUGCAAGGUUACUCAUCCCACUUAAAGGUACAGGAAGCCAGCUGUUCAGCAGCCCCACCUCACAGUGGCUAACACUGGUGCCACUUUGAGAGCCAGAGAAGUUUGCUCAGGGCCAUUCGGAGGCUUCCAGGACCCCAGGACACCCAGCAGGAGCAAACUGCAGCGAGCAGGCACCUUCCUCACCGGCUGCAGCCCUGAGUAGCUGCUGGUAGUUGUCAGUCAGGCUCUGAGACCCUGCCAGCGACUCCUGUGCCAUUUGAGUCCCUGCUUAUUGAGUAGGCUAGAUAACUACCUUACACUCGGGCCAUCUGAAGUAUUUCCUGGCGGGAACACCGUAGUUGGCAGCCGCUGAGCCACUUUCCAUUCGGUGAAGGUCAGAGGCCGAGGCUGCACUUUGUGGAUGCGGGUGGAGACUCCUGGUCUCAUGGGGAAAGUGCACUUAGCCUUGGCCUCUCGGCUGAGCACACAGGUUGGCUUGGAGGUCACUGUGCCGUGACAUGUCGGGCCUGGCUAGAACCAGCUAGUGUGGCCUUACUGUGGAGGAAAAUGGGCCACGUGGGACUUCUGUGCAAGCUUAGCAAAGUUGACACUAGAAUUUCCUCUAGUCUGGGUGAACCUGCUUGGUCACCUACCUGGGAUGCAGAGCUGUGGCUCUAUUCCAGGUCUCCUUGAGGGGGAAUAGGAGAAAUAAAGACCAGUAAAGAGACAAGAAAAUCUCCGUCUCUGUCCCUGUGUGUGUGUGUGUGUGUGUGUGUGUAUACAAGAGAUCAAACUCAGGUUGUUCUCCACUGAGCUAUAUCCCCACCCCCUUUUAUUUUUAAAAUCUUUUUAUGUUUUGGAGACAGAGUGUUACUAACUUUCCCAGCUGGGUCUUCAAGUUGAGAUUCUCCUGCCUCAGCUUCCCAAAGAGCUAUGGUUACAGGAUGUGUCAUUGUUCCCAGUUGAAAAUCAUACCUAAAUUGUAUUUUUAAGAAAACGCUUCAUGACUCCAAAGUUCCCCAUUCACAAUGCUUUUUUUCCUUCCAGAAAACUCCCUCCCGUGUUUUUAUCCCUAAGGUUCUUAAAGACUCAAUUGGGGCCUGUGCUUUUUACCUGGUGUAUCAGGAUUUAGUAGAGAAACAUGUAACACAAGAUACACAAAUGUAUAUGAAAUUACAAGAUUGGCUUACAGCGGUCAGUCACAGAGUCCGAGGAGGGAGCGUAGAGAGGGUGUCUGUACGCUGGAGGUGGAGGGUCCUGCCCAAGGGCUGGCGCUCACUGCAGUGUCUCUUGUAAGUGUGUAUUAGGAGGCUGAUGGGUGUGUGAGGGAAAGCUGAAAAGUUCCAGGUGGGAGCUGAACAGUGAGCCAGAAACCAGGAGGCCGAGUCCAAGCUGAAGGUGAGGACUGGAGCUCCUCCAGCAACCAGCGAUCAGGCUCCUCUCGUGCCUUUAUUGUGUGCAGGCUGCUCCCCUAGGGUGGGUGUAGCACUCCUAAGAUCUGCAGCAUGCUCCUCUUAUACAGGCUGAGGAUGUUUCAAACUAAGGACUCUGACCCCCUGCUGAAUCAUUUAUUUAACUUCUGACCUGUGGGAAGCCGCCUAUGAAUGGCGCCCAUUUCCUGCUUCCGGGUUCUUCCCGGCCUGAACAAGCCUGCCAAAUUGUCAUAUCUGCCCAGUUACCCGUGACGCUAGCCUAUCAGCUUGUUAGGCGCGCUUCUCUGUGAUUGGAUACUGCUUCCCCUUAUAAGAGGUUGUUCCUGCCCCCAACGGGCGGAAGAGGAACCAACACUGAGGGUGGCGGACCUUGUCAGGUCUGGUUCGCUGUACGCAAUAAAGUUUGAGAGCUGAUCCUGCUCGAGUUUGGUCUCCUGUCUUCCGCGGCUCCGGUCAUCUGGUGGCCCGUACGGGGAAAAAGGUAAAAGACUCAGCGACGUGCCUCUUCAGCCGGGAGGUGCGAUUGCUGUCGCCUGCCGUACGACGGAGGACCUGGCCCAAUAACAACGGAAGGCCCCGAGCGCCUCUUCUCUUCACCCUGAUCAGCUACGUGAGAUACAGCGGUUCCCGGGACAGGUGAGUACUGGAUCGCCUGGGUUGGGUGGACGCACCUAACAGAUUUUGAGCGCCACACGGGUGGACGCCGGUCUUUUUUUCUUUGCAUUUGUUUCGCUUUCGCUUCGCCAUUGUGGGCAACGCUGCUCGCAAACCCCUCGCUGACUCCCUAAGAGUCCUGCUGAGGACCCGAGGCAUCUACAUAAACCGGGUCACCCUUUCGAGGUUUCUGGAUAGUGUUAAUGAGAUUGCCCCCUGGUUUUGGCCCACGGGCUCUCUAACCCUCCCGUCAUGGGAGAAGUUAGGAGGGGAUCUUAGAUGCGCCCGAGAAGAGGGACGCUUGGAUCCCAUGGUUUUACCCCUGUGGGAACUGAUUAGGGCUUGUCUGACGGACGAACAAACCCCCGGGCUUUGCUCAGCCCGACAGGCUCUUGACAAAGCUCGAUCCGAGUGCUCGGAGCCCGAAGUCACACCUGACUUUGGGCCUCCAGAGAAACACAAGGGCUCCGAAGCUCGCGACCCAUGGUCGCCCCCUUCAGGGCGCCAGGCCCUACUGCACCGCCGUGGCCGGAAGAGGAGUUGCUCCCUGGGCUGCCACCUCCACCCGUGGCCGCCAGAGGGCACCCACAACCUAUGGCACCGCCCUGGUUAGAGGGAGAGCUACUUCCUGGGUUGCCUUCUGCGCCCCCAUCAGGGGAGGGAGGAGGACGUUCCCUCCAUCAGAGGGUAUGGUCGCGGCUUCCCUUUGAGUGUUCCGGUCUCCAUGCAUUCCCGGUAGCCCUUAGAAAUUAAACAACUUAAAGCUAUCAAGGACGCAGUUUCAGCUUAUGGGCCCAAUGCGCCAUUUACCAUGGCGCUUUUAGAGGCAUUGGCAGGUCUGCUUUUAACUCCUGGAGAUUGGACCCAGCUGGCACGCGCCUGCCUCUCCCCCGGACAAUAUUUAGAUUGGAAGUCCUGGAAUGAGGAAUUCUGUGUAGAGCAGGCGGCAGCCAACAGGGAAAAUAACCAGAGAGAGUGGAACAGGGAUAUGCUAUUAGGGCGAGGAACCUUUGAGGAAGAUCAAACUCAAUACCCUCGCCAGGUUUAUGAACAAAUUAGCCGCUGUGGCCUCCAGGCCUGGAGACGGCUGGCUGGAAAGGGAGAACAUACGGGUCACCUUACAAAAAUUAUACAAGGGCAGGGAGAGCCAUUUUCAGACUUUGUGGCCCGCAUGCUUGAGGCGCGCUUUAACAUCACGAGAGCACAAGCACAAGACAUAGUACGACAUUGUCCGGCCUGUGUGAUCUCUUCACCUCAACAAUCUAUUGGUGUUAACCCGAGAGGACUGCGCCCCAAUCAUAUUUGGCAAAUGGAUGUUACACACAUCCCAGAAUUCGGAAAACUCAAAUAUGUACAUGUUUCGGUUGACACCGCUUUUCAGGUUAUGUUUGCUUCGGCAGAACCUGGAGAAAGGGCCACCCAUGCUAUUAAUCAUUGUCUUGCAGCCUGGGCUGCUUGGGGAAAGCCCAAUAUACUAAAAACAGACAAUGGUCCUGCCUAUACCAGCAAAAUUUUUAUGACAUUUUGUCAACAAAUGGAGGUCACUCUUAAACGUGGCAUUCCUUACAACCCCCAAGGACAAGGCAUCAUUGAGCGAUCCCAUCGGACACUCAAGGGUGUCUUACAAAAACAAAAGGAGGGAAUAGGCCAUGGCCUAACGCCCAAAGGAAGAAUAUCAUUGGCACUCUUCACCAUAAUCAUUCCCCUGCCAUGGAACAUAGCAAUCCGUCCCCAACCGACAAAGGGCUGGUUAGAUGGAAAGAUGUCCUUACAGGACAAUGGAUGGGCCCGGAUCCAGUGGUUAGCUGGACCCGAGGUGCGGUUUGUGUCUUCCCACAGGAACCAGGCUGCGAACCGCUGUGGGUCCCGGAAAGAUUGACGCGAGCAGUAAACUCCCCACCAGUUCCUGAUAAAGCACAGGAGGAUAAGCCCGCGGACACAAGUCAACUCGACCCUUCUGGGACCGACGCUCAGCGCCCAAGACCAUCUACAAACUAAAAUGUCUGGUUUGGAGCUUUUUCUAUUCUGUAGGUUCCUAUUAAUCACCCCUGUUCGCACAAAUUUGAUGACAUCUUGGCUGCAAGACACCUACCUACCUAAGUUUCACAAUUUGUCCCUCAUAGUCGGUCAGGAACUUGACAAUAUGGACGGUAUCCAACUAGGUCCAGUCAGGGGUUCUCCUGGCCCAACCUGACUACUUGGAUCCUGAUUGCCGUGGCCAUCCUAGUGGGGCUUGUGGUUAUUAAAUGCUUGUUAGAUUGCCUCAUACAAACUCAGCAGCAGGUUAAGAUCACAGCUAUGGCAGCCAUGCAAAUGGCAGCAGGUGGCCCAUCAGGCCAGCAGGCCGCCGCAUAUCUCCUUCACAUUGCGGAACAUCAGCUAUAAGAGCUGAGUGGGCAAGCCAAUGACGGGUAAGACGGGAAAAGCCCUCCCGGUCAACCUAAGACAGGCUCCACUCAGAUAUACAUGGCCUAUAAGGCCAGGGGUCCCUCCCGGAGUCAAAUUAUUGGCAUUGAGAUGCGAGACCAAGGGUACUGCAGUGCCAUCCGCCCCAAAGGUUGGGGGGAAGGCAGGAAUGAAUGUCUAUAUGCAUCCAGGUUCGGUUCACAAAAGCCUGGCCCUGCGAAAAAAUGAACCACUCACCUUGAGCAUGGUCCUGGCGCAAGGAUAUGCACAAAACAGGGUGAUGCACAGCAGGGUAUAGACCUCUACAUUCUCUCAUGCCUCGGCCUACAAGGUAGGCCCACUCCUAGGUGUCUAACAGCAACAAGGUCAUAGACACCUUGGAGGGACCCACAGACCAUCCUAUUUUAAUAAAUAAAAAAGGGGGAGAUGUGGGAAGCCGCCUAUGAAUGGCGCCCAUUUCCUGCUUCCGGGUUCUUCCCGGCCUGAACAAGCCUGCCAAAUUGUCAUGUCUGCCCAGUUACCCGUGACGCUAGCCUAUCAGCUUGUUAGGUGCGCUUCUCUGUGAUUGGAUACUGCUUCCCCUUAUAAGAGGUUGUUCCUGCCCCCAACGGGCGGAAGAGGAACCAACACUGAGGGUGGCGGACCUUGUUAGGUCCGGUUCGCUGUACGCAAUAAAGUUUGAGAGCUGA